AUGUUGAAUCAAUUCAACAUUGAAGAUAUCAUUAGGGUAUGUUUUCCUCAGCUAUCAUUAUCUCUGUUUCCUUGUUCCUUUUUUUUUUUUUUUGUUGCUAACCAUGUUGAUCACUAGGAUAUAGAAAUCUUGUACACGUCAAAAGAUGCUGCCGAAAUCCACACCAUUCAGGAUAAGUUGCAGACAUAUCAAAGGAGCCGGGAAGGGUAUGAGAUAGGUCGACUACUUUUGCAACACGACAACCAAACCGUCAAGUACUUUGGCGCCCUUACAAUUACUGUGUAUUUCAACACGUUUGGUGUUUCCAAGGAGAGCUAUUUGCAACCAUUUCGAGAUAUCCUGCAGUCCAUUCAACAAUUGUGUCAGGACAACUUCCAAGGCAACCUAUUCAUAAUAAGAAAGUUGUUGAGUUGCAUGUCGUUGAUCUUUAUUGCAAAUUACAAGGAAUUUGAUCCGGUGCUAUUUAUGCUAAACCUUGAGUCUACACACACUGCGGCAUCCACACCCACAUCGGCAUCUAUAGACCCCUAUUUGCAAAGCUUGACCGAUCUGCGACAUUUGGAGCUUCUCGUUAUAUUUCUUGAAGUCUUGAUUGAAGACGUGGUCAAGUUUACAAACAACUCACCUGAACUCCACCAUUCAAUAUACAAGAAUAUUUUCCAGCAUUGCCGCGCACUUUACAAAUAUUUGCUACUUCAACACGCCAACCUUCCAUUGGCACUACUUUCCAUCCUGUUUGACUGUUUAAACUCAUGGAUCGUCUAUUGCUCAAUUGCUGAAAACCAGUCUGGAGUGAGGUAUACUGAAGACUUGGAGCCUUUUAUUGAAUUCACGUUGAGCACGUUCAAAACACCAGUGGACUUUGACAAAAUCGAUGUUUACAAUAAAGCUGUCUCUGCAUUGACAGAGUUUAUGGACAAUAUACCAAGGGUUCUCAACCCAUUCAAGGGACCGAUAAACAGGAUUUUGUUUGCGGACAAUGAAUUUGGAUACCAGUUCCUAAACGCGGUAUUUACCAAAAAAAACGACACCGAGGGGCUCAUCAUCAUGGAGGAACACCAACUGGAGGUGGACAAUAUGGUCAACAUGAUUGUAACCUACUUGACUCUUAACUUGGUACAAAUCACCCGCAGUUUGUUGAAAGACGAAACGUUUAAACUACUUCAAACGGCAAUUGUCUUGACCAAUGCUCCUGGCACACCGACGGCGGACGAAAAUAUUAGCUCUCAAUUUCUCAAUUUUUGGGACGACUUUGCCAAUACCUUGAUCGAUGAUGCAGAUGCCAUUGAGGAAAUACUUGCUGAAGCAGAAACAACCCGCAUGGCAUACAACGAGAGACGAGAUUCGAUUUUGAUGGAGGUUGCCGUUGUAUACUUUCAAAAGAUUCAAAAAGUCUCCGGAACCGAUACUCAAGAUUUUACAAAGUUUCGUACAUUGGUAGCUGAUACUUUUAUCUUGUUCUACUCUGUUUUAGGAAAAACAUUGAUUGAAACCUUGUGCCAAGUCGUGGGCCAAAACUUGGUAAACACCGAAGCCGCCAUCUAUUUGGUUUACAAAAUCAUCAGUGAUAUACAAUUUUAUGACGACGACGACGAUGAGGGCGACGGCGACGACAACGUGGAAGGAAAUAACGGCAAGACUUUAGAACUUGCUCGGUGCAUUAGGACUAUAUUUGAUCGAGGCGUGUUGGAUUUGGUGGCAAAACUAAGUCCCACUGAUCAACAACAAAUUCCAAUUAGUUUGCUAAACUUAAUGUCGGCAUUACCUUUUUUUUACAAGUCACCCGAGGGAAACCUGUAUUUAGCACCCAGUUUUGAUUUUCUUUUCAAAUUGAUCCACAAUAGUGGUAAUCAACAACUAUCGCUCGUUGCAUCGAGAACAGUUUUCAGAAUCUGUAAAGAUACAGAAAAACAGUUGAUACCUUUCUUGCCCCAGCUCGAGAUGGCCCUACAGGAAAUGUUGCGAAAUCCCGCGUUUGACAGUGUGAUUCGUGAACGAAUCAUGUACUCCUACAUUACCAUUGUGAGGACACUCAAGGAUCCCGCUGAGUUGGGAAAUAAGAUCCACAUGAUACUCAAUGAGAUUUGGCUACAUCAACAACAACAACAACAGCAGCAGCAGCAGCAAAACCACUUGAACAAGGAAAUGAUGGAAGACUAUUCUGUUAGCUUGCUCGCGUGCAUCAAGGAAAUCGGCAGUGCUAGUGUUUUGCCCGAGGAAGCUGAAGAUUACCUCGACGCUAACCAACUACAAUACACCAUCAGUUACUGGAGCCAGGACCCGUUGGGGAUUCGAUUAAAGAUACUCGAUUGCCUCAGAAAUUUCUCAUUGGACUCACAUCUUUUAUCUCUGAACUCCAUUGUCACCGAAAAAUGCUGCUGUGUUUUGAAAUGCGGCUUUGGAGAGCCAGUGCCUGGUCCUUUUACAUUUGGAUUGGACUCGAUAUUCCUGUACAUGAAUGCCAAAUUGCAAUCUCGGAGCACGUCAUCUAUCUACUAUCUUCACAAAUUGUUGCUCAGCACCAUCAUCAACAAGUACAAGGAAAUCGAGGUUCAGCAAGUUGAGCUCAUUUUGCAAGCUGCUUUCGUUGAAAAGAUCGAUGCAAUUAUGAGCGACGUGGAUUUGAUAAGCUCCUCGCUUGAGAUUUUCUCGGCAAUCAUCGACGUGAAGCCGAGUUUAUUGCUUCCAACUCAAGUGUUUUCAGCUUGCAUCAUCCCGUUUGCCUUGGAUGCAUUCGAAAAGCACGAAGUGCCAACUAUCAAAUCGACGAUUAAAUUUUGGAAUGGAUUGGUAACGAUAAAAAAAGGUAGACAAGAAGAUCAAGUGUUUGUUCGUGAGAUGAUGACUCGAGAAGAUGAAAAUGGCCAGUCUCUUGGAUUGCGGCUCUCCCAGACUUUACAAACCGCGUUUUUGAAAAGUCCGCGAUCAGCUUUGGAUUACUAUUAUCCACUUUUCACCACGUUAAUCGGCAAGUAUCCCAUGGACUACAGAAAGUGGCUACUUUUAGUCUCUAAUAACUUAAAUGUGGGCAAAAUUACCUUGGAGAAAUGUGAAGUACAGCAGUUUGCGAGUAAAUUGAUGAUUACACGUGGUCAAAGGAUGGCAAAUGAAGUGCUCCGAGAAUACUGGUUAAAGAUUAAUAAACUCGUUGACUACAAACGAUGA